AUGCCCUCCUCCUCCUCACCCUCCUCUCCUUCCCCGCACCGACGCCCGCUGCAUUUCAACGCCCUUGCAAAGGAUUGGGCAGCGCCACCAAACAAGGAUCUGCCCAGCAUUGUGCAGUUCCAUCAGCGUUUUCCGGGCUACGAGCCGACGCCCCUGGUCAGCUUGCCCUCCCUCGCGCGGGAGGCGGGCGUCGGCGCCGUUUACGUCAAGAACGAGUCGGACCGCUGCGGCCUGCCCGCCUUCAAGAUCCUCGGUGCCUCGUGGGGCACCUACAGGGCCGUCACGAAACGGCUCGGCUUGCCGCUCGACACCGCGUUGGAGGCGAUUCGAGACGCCCUGUCCGCCGCGUCGCCACUGACCCUGUACGCCGCGACGGACGGCAACCAUGGCAGGGCCGUGGCUCGAAUGGCGAGGCUGCUGGGCGUCGCUGCCGAGAUUCAUGUGCCGUUUUGUAUGAAGCAAGACAUUAUCGACUUGAUUCGUCAACAAGGUGGAAAUGUCACAGUGUCGCGUCAAGGCUAUGAUGCUGCUGUGCAAGAGGCUUUUGCUGCCGCGCAGCACCCCCAAGGUCUCUUUAUCCAAGAUUGUUCUUUUGGUGAUUAUACACAAGUACCUCAGUGGAUUGUCGAUGGCUACGAGACAAUGACGCACGAAAUAGACGAGCAAUUGGGUGGGAAAUGGCCACAUUUAGUCAUUGCACCUGUUGGCGUCGGCUCCUUUGCGAACUCGGUUGUGAUGCACUACAAAACUCCCGAUUUACGCUCAAAAGUCAUGUCUGUCGAGCCAGACACGGCAGCCUGUCUCUGGAAACGGCUCGUUCGAGGCGAAAAAGAGUCGGUUCAGAGCGCACCAACAAUCAUGGCGGGCUUGGAAUGCUCGACCGUGUCCGAAGGAGCCUGGCCUGUCUUGGAAAAGGGCAUCGAUGUCAGCGCUACCGUCUCCGAUUUUGAAGCCCAUCAAGCCUGUACAAGACUGCAUGAGCUGGGCGUUGCUGCUGGACCUUGCGGAGGGGCGGCGUUGGCUGGCCUGCGCCGCUUGACCUCUGAUGACAAGACAGCUCUGGGUCUGGACGAGAAAUCCAUUGUCGUGCUGCUCUCGACAGAAGGCCUUCGGUCGUACGACAUUCCUCACAAUGUCUCCGAUGAUGAUCCUGUAGCCUUGACACAGGCUUUGGUCCGGAUUGACUCCUCAAGUCCUGCUCUUGGCUCGAAACCUGGCCCUGGAGAGACGGAGAUUGCCAAGUUCAUCUGCUCGUGGUUUGAAUACCGCGAUAUUGAUGCGCACUGGGUUGAGCCAGUAAAGGGCCGGCCAUCUGUUAUCGGCGUAGUUCCGGGUCGCGGCGACGGCAAGCGCCUGGCGCUGAAUGGCCACAUUGACACUGUCACUCUUCUGGGAUAUGAUGGUGAUCCUCUUGAUCCCGUCAUCAACAACGAAAAAAUGUAUGGUCGGGGCUCUGCUGACAUGAAGUCUGGCCUAGCAGCGCAAAUGGUCGCAGCAGCCAACGCCAAAAGACUGCAGCUGGCAGGCGAUGUCAUCGUAAUGGCCGUGGCAGACGAAGAGUACGAGAGCUUGGGGACAUCCAGCGUUCUCGGGGCCGGCUGGAGAGCCGACGCCGCCAUCGUCAGCGAGUGCACCGACCUGGCCAUUACCCGUGCUCACAAGGGUUUCGUGUGGCUCGAGAUUGACGUCCAUGGCGUCGCAGCUCACGGGUCACGGCCGGACCUGGGAUACGAUGCCAUAUCCAAGUCUGGCUACGUCUUGGUCGAGCUCGAUCGCUACGCGGAACAGCUGCAGCAGAGAGAGGCAGAUGUCGUCGUCGGACCUCCCAGCGCUCAUGCCUCCCUUAUACAGGGCGGCGAGGAAGUCUCGUCGUAUCCCGCAAAGUGCACGAUUACACUCGAGCGGAGAACCGUGGCCGGCGAGACGCCAGCUAUUGUCGAGCGUGAGGUACGGGAGUUAUUGGGCCGGAUUGCAGCCACUACGUCGGGCUUCCAGUAUGACCUCCGCGUCACGUUUCAUCGUCCUCCAUUCUUCAUGGCGGAAGACGCGCCGCUGACGCAGCUUGUCCGCAAGCACACUGAAAGGGUGACGCGGGGUGAUGCCAAGAUUGUUGGCGCUCCUUUCUGGACAGACUCUGCGCUGUUACUCGAGGCUGGUAUCCCAACCAUUCUUUUUGGACCGCGCGGCGAAGGAUUCCAUGCCAAGAAGGAGUUUGUAUAUACCGACUCCAUUGUACAAACUUCGCAAAUUCUUACGCAGCUAGCACAAGAAUUUUGCGCUUGA